AUGGCUUCCCAGUGUCACGCCUACGACUUUAUCGGAGCCGUCAAGAGUCUCUUCAAAGCGCGGGAGGUCGAAUGGUCCUGGGACGAGUACGAGCGCUGCAUCCGGGAACGCUCCGACGAUGCGCUUCCUCGACGCCAAUCCGUUCUCGUUCUGGUGGGCUCGAAGGUCGAAUUGCCCUGCCCCGGGAUAUGCUUCCCCCCCGAGUCCGAGGCGCAGUCUCCGUGGCACCGCGUUGACCCGUUGUCCAAGUCUUCCAUCGCACCAGUGGCCUUGGGCAAGGGGGAUACGCGCCGCCAGCUCAUGGGUUACGGAGCACUGGUCGUGACGGACGCGCUGCCCUCAGACACGGGCUUCUACCGUUGCAUGUGGGCUGGCAGGGAGUACGCCACCUACCACCUGCAGGUGGUUGCUCGGGAGCCGUACUCCAUGGUCUGGGAGAACGAGCACAACAGCACCGAGGAGCGAGCCGACGUCACCGGUCUACCACUGGUCACGUGGCUCGAGUGGUCCGAGUGGAGUAGCUGUGACCGCUGCGGUUCCGUCGGCAGGCGCCGCCGCGCCGGAAUCUGCACCGUCGGAUACAAGGGCACCAAUGGUACGCUGCCAAAGGAGGCAGCCAUAAUGACGCUCCUCUUAAGCCUUUUCCCAGAAGGCUUACCCUGCCGGUCUGCCUUGAUACCGAAGGUCAUCUCGUCGGUGCUUAAGGACCACUGGAGCGUGCACAUGAUUGGCCUGUGCAGUGAGCCCUGCGUUCAAGGCAAGGGCAUCGUGGUGGUGACGGACUCGUCGGGCCUCGUCGAGGAGGUCGUGGACAACAGCCGCGGCAUUUUCUCUCUGCGCCAGAAGAUCCUCGAAUUGCCCAAGAGAGCGAGGCGCCGGACGGUCAGCCGAGUGCGCGGAAGCGAGGUUCUGCUUUCCUGCUCGAGGCGACGGUUCAACAGCAAGUUUUACCAGUGGCGCAACGGCUCGGUUCUGCUCAACCCCAUGGUGGUGUCCCAGCUGUCCGAUGGCCGCGUCAAGAUAGACCUCGCCAACAACCUGCACAUCCUCCGUGCCGAGUUCUGGGACACCGGGAUUUACAACUGCUACGACGGCUCCUCCCUGGUCGCGACGGUCAGACUGGUAAUCACGAGACCCAGCGUGAUGGCCAGGCUUCACGUGUACGCCUCAUACGUCAACGUUGCCGCCCUCAGCGGUGUCAUAGUACUCGUAGCGAUAUCCGUUAUUCGAGGCUCCAAUUCGUGACGGCCAUUCUUAGUUUACAAUGCGUAGUAUAUAUAUAUGUAGUUAGUGUAGUCACUGGUGCUCUCGUGUACAGCCAAUAUGAUGCCGAAU